GAAGAUGCUAACCGUGUCAGUUUAUCUGCUGCUUUGGUCCUUCACUGCAUCGUCUUCAGGAGUGGGAGCUUCUGCUCAGUGUCAACCUGGGUGGCUCCUCUACGGACGGACAUGUUUUGCUUUCUUCCCUGUGUGGAGCUCUUGGACCAGCGCCAAUACUUUAUGCUCUCAGACUGGAGGGAACCUCAUGUUGCUCCACAGACCGGAGGAAAGGCAAAUUGUCCUCCAGCUGACCAGCAGCAGGACACCUGUGUGGCUCGGUAGAUACCAGAAUAGAUCAAGGAUUUGGAGUGACGACUCCCUGCUUCACAACCGGAUGGACGAAAAGACCAAAGAGUUUGGACUCUGCAUGGAAAUGAUACCCAAAACUGGAGAGCUGCAGAGCGCCCCCUGUGGAGAACUUCGGUUCUACAUCUGCACCGCUUCACCGAGGUUUACCUCCGUUGACCUCAGCAGACACAAGCUGCCUCAACCAGGGCUCGUCCCCGGACUGCUUCUGUUCGACUUCAUCUGGGACUCCAGCUCUCAUCAAGCCGAGAAGAUUUUCCUCUCAUCCUCGCUGCUCAGAGGCCUGAGGUCUGGCAAUCUGACGGAGCGCUGCUACAACACAUUCCUGCAGCAGGAGGAGACUUACCUGCUCAGAGUCAAAAGCACACUUGAGGUUCUGGUUGGGAGUCUUCAUGAACACAGCACAAUCAGGUCGCUGCUGCUGGACACAGUCAGACGAUACGGGGCAGGAAAGCAGAGCCUCCAUCUUUCCUCCCCGGCCCCUCAGUGGCUCCAGUGGGCCCUGAAGUCUUUCCACCGGGUGGUUCUGGACGACCCGGUGUACUGGCUCGUGGCUUUGUCGGCCCGGGCCUGCCUGCAGGACUUUGUGGCUCAGAAGCUGCAUCAGGAACUCGGGUCGCAGGUUCCAAGCCUGAAAGAGAACAAUUUCUACCAGAUGUGGAGGAGGGAGAACGAGGACUUUGUCUGGGUAAAGAGAUUCAAAGCAGUGAUGGAGGAGUACCAGGAUGAAAUGGACGCCUAUAAAGCAACCGCCAUCUUCAGAGAGCACAUGAUGUAUCAGAAGAGCCUCCAUAACUUUGUGAGCUGUGAGGACGAAGGCGAUGAAGAAAUCCACAUCAGGGCCGAUGUUUUAUAGAUUCCUCAGAGUUCAACUCACAUAUUUAAUAUUUUCAAAACAGGAAUAUUUACCAGAUCCUUCAGGACUUGAAUGAAAAGAUUACUCUUUUAGUUUUUUUUAAGGUAAGGUAAUUUUAUUUAUAUAGCAUAUUUCCAGCAACAAGCCAAUUCAAAGUGCUUUACAUGAGUUAAAA